AUGCCAGAAGUAACCUCAGGGUUUUCAACAGGAGCACCAGAGAUUUCUUCAGGCAGCAUUGUUGUGUCAGAGACUUAUGUGGCCGCCAAAUCGCACAAACCAGACAUGAAGAGGAGGGAGACUCGACAGAGCCCAUUCAAAGUGCCAGACAGCAACAGCAUUUUACUACUGAGCAUCAAUGAAAAGGGGCAACGAAAAGAGGAGAUGCGUGAAUUCCUGGCAUUGCCAAUUGACAAGAAGACGACCCACACUGCAAGAAUGAUGGCCAAGCUUAAGAAAGAGCUAGCAGAACAAGUGGAGGAGGAGGAGGAGGAGGAAGAAAAGAAGAAGGUGAAGAAUCUAAAACAAAUCAAGAGUAGGACAGUUCAAACACCUGGCAGACAUGAGCUGAAGAUUGCCAUGAUGAAACGAGAAAACAUUACGAGGGACAGCAAACAUGACUUAAUCUCCAUGGAACGGCAGAAGGCAGUGUUGGAGUUAUCUCUAAUGACGAAGAGGUCUGAGAUUUUGAGGAUGGACAAGGCCAUUGCAAAAGAGGAGGGACAGCUGAAGCAGCUCGAAAAGCUCAUUGAGAGAGACAACCUCAGCUUUGAAGAGUUCCUCAGGGAGAACGACAAGAAGUCUGUUGAGGCCAGAACAUUUUUUGAACGUGAGGCGAAGUCCAAACAGGAGAAGAAUGUGGAAGUCAAGAAACUGACUGCUGAAGUGGGAACCAUAAAGAGUGAACUCAUAAAGUUUGAAGAGAUCCUGAUAGACUACAAGAGAUACAAGGAGCUCCUAUUCAAGUUGUCUCCUCCAGAGUGGCAGGAGGCCCAGAGAACCAAGGCUUUGAAAGCUAAAGACCUCUCUGACAAAGAACUUCAGGACAAGGAGAAGAGGGAGCCUGAGGAACCAGGCAUUAGAAAUGGUUUGGAGAGCAAGGUUUCCAAUCCACAUAGAGAGCUUCCUUCCAUCAGAGAGACCAGGCUAUCCUCAGCCCACAGCAACGCUCUGAUGACAAACAGUGACAGUGACAGCUCCGAAUAUGAGGAUGAGCCGGAGCUGUACUUCACUGAUCCCCAGCAGCUGCUGGAUCUGGUGACAGAGCUGACAGAGCAGAACUUGUCCCUGAUUCAGAACUCUACAAGGGUGGAAGACACACUGGAAGAGCUCCUACGGUCCAUUGAGACAACCAGGAAGAAAAUUGAAAAGGAGGAAGAGCAGCUAACAAUGCAGAUAAAUGACUUGAACCAGAGAAUCGACACUGAGAAGGCAAGAGGUGCCAAGCUCAAACAGAAGGUUCAGCUCCAUGUCUCACUGAACACACAAGACCAGGAUGUUGUGUUGGACGCUCUGGCCGAGAAGGUGACAGAGGUCCAUCGCUGCUGCGUGGAUGACAGGAUGACCAACCUCAGCACCUUGGAGAAGCUGGCCAACAUUGAGAACCGUAUGUUGUCACUGCUGCAGGGCCUUGAGAGCAUCCCUCAAGAAAGCUUAGAGAUGAUGAAGAAGAUCAAGGACAGUGAGAGGAGAAGCAGACAGCGUGAAGAAAAACUGAGAGAGCAGAGAGAGAAACAGAAAGAAAGGAUGAGGAGGUACCUGGAGAGGUCCCUGGCUGACUCCAAGAAAACAAGUGGGAGAAAGCUCAUGCCGAGAUGCAUGCCUGUCCCCCAGAAAGGCAGAGUCAGCAAAGUGGACAGCGGCCCUGCUGAAGAUGACCUCCAUGCCUACCUCUUCAGCUCUGACGACACGGACUAA